AUGCUUAUCCGCGCGCUGCUCCUCUGCGCGAUCUCCGCCGCGCGCGGCAGCGAGGAGGCGGCCAGCGGCGACGUCACCAACGACUGGGACACGUAUUCCUACGCCUACUACGACUACGCUGAGGACACCUGCGCCUUCCACUGCCCAACCUCGUACCUUGGUGACGGUGAGUGCGACGCGGACUGCAACAACCCCGCGUGCGAGUGGGACAAAUCGGACUGCUUCCACGGGUACGGCGACUGCUACACCCAGGCGGACGGCUCCGACUACCGCGGCGCCAUCAACCAGACCGAGGACGGCCUCGCUUGCCAGGCGUGGUCCGACCAGAUGCCGCAGAGGCACGACAGGAUCCACCUCAACUACCCGCACGGGGGGCUCGGUGGGCACAACUCGUGCCGCAACCCGGACGGCGAGGCGCGGCCGUGGUGCUACACCACCGACCCAGACACCCGCUGGGCGUACUGCGCGGUCCCGCCGCCCGAGCCCUCAUGCUCGGCCCACCACCACUCCAACCACUCCACCGCCGACCGCACCCACGUGGCGGAGGGCACUGUCAACGCCACUGGCGAGGGCGACGGCGAGUACACUGCCUCGUACGGCGAAAAUUGGAACGGAUUCGACGAGGACUACUACGACUAUUUCCCCCCCGUCUCGUUUGAGGACACCUCGACGGCGAUCGAGCUCGACACCAUCGUCACGGGCGAGGUGAAGGAGCACACGUACACGUUCUACGAGGUGUCGGUUCCCAAGGAUGUGGAGCGGCUCCGCGUGGUCGUCGUUCCGACCAGCGGCGACCCCGACCUGUACGUCUCCUUCGACAACGCCUUCCCCACCGGCGGAAACUACACCUUCCUUUCCGACUCGUACGGCGUGGAGGAGUGGACGCUCGGGCGCGACACGUACCUCUUCUGCGGCGCGGCGGGCCCCGAGGCGGCGUGCACGCUCCACCUCUCCGUCCUCGCCUACGACGAGGACUCCUCCUUCUCCAUCAUCGUCUACGGCGAGGGCGCGGACGGUGAGCUGCAACCGACGGUUUGCGCAGAGGGCUGCGCGUGGACCAGCCUCGGCGACGGGACGUGCGACGAGGAGUGCAACGUGGAGGCGUGCUACUUUGAUCGCGGCGACUGCAAGGCAUGGUCUGAAGAAGGCGCCGCCCCCGUAAAUAUCUGUCCCGCGGACUGCAAGCCCGAGUGGAUCGGCGACCACUACUGCGACGAGGCCUGCUUCCGCGAGUCGUGCCAGUGGGACAAGCACGACUGCCUCAAGAAAGACGAGACGCCGUGUGCCGACUUCUGCCUUCCGACGUCGAUCGGCGACGGCGAGUGCGAUGCCGCGUGCAAUGUCGAGGCGUGCGGCUUCGAUGCUGCCGACUGCUUCCACGAGCACACCGAGUGCUACGAGUCGCCCGACGGCGCGGACUACCGUGGCACCGUCGCCACCACCACCAGCGGCCUCGCUUGCCAGUUCUGGUCGGACCAGUCGCCACAGCAGCACACGAGAACCGCGCAGCACUACCCGGUCUCCGGCCUGGGCGGCCACAACUACUGCCGCAACCCCGACCGCGAGGCUCACCCGUGGUGCUACGUCGCCGACGCGGACGCGGGGGUUCGCUGGGAGUACUGCGACGUCGGCGAGAUCGAGAUCUUCGGCGCCUUCCUCCUCGGCCUCGCCGCCAUUCUGACGCUGCUCUACUGCCGUCGGCUGCAGCACAAGAAGGCCCUCAAGACGGGUGGCUUCACGCAGUACGGUGGGCAUGACGACGGCGUGCUCGGCACUGGCGUGGAGAUCAAGCCCGUCGAGCCGGAGACGGCAUGA